UGCUGUGGGGAUUUGAGUCUUAAUGCUCUGUGUUGUUAAUGCUGGGCAUAUAAUUUUAAAACUUGCAUGCUAUGGAAGCAGAUAAUUAUUUCCCUGCUGCAUUUUAUACUCUGGUUUGGGGAAGGAAGAAAUUUUAGAAUAUUAAAAGAAAGAAAGUUACAAUUUGGGGGACUAUUGAAAAUGGAAACAGAAAGAGGGGAGUAAUGGGUGUCAGUCUGGUUAUCAGUCAAGCUGGAAAGAGACAGCUUGUUCUGUCGAACACCAAGAAUGUUAGUAGUAAGCCAACCACUUAUGCAGGAAGAAAGCCCUAGACUGAAAGGUUUUUCGGAGGGGAGCGUGCUGAUUAGGUAAGGAGAUGUCAUGGUCUUCUUCCGUCGAUGUAGGAAGAUAGCAGAUAUGAUCGCCUGAAAAAGCCGAACUACACAGUGCAAGCAUGGCUUUUGCCCAGUCGCACAUUAUGGCAGCUAGAAGGCAUCAGCACAGUAGACUCAUAAUUGAAGUGGAUGAGUACAGCUCCAACCCCACACAGGCUUUCACGUUCUACAACAUUAACCAGGGACGUUUUCAGCCCCCACAUGUGCAAAUGGUUGAUCCGGUGCCCCAUGAUGCUCCCAAACCUCCAGGAUAUACACGAUUUGUCUGUAUUUCUGAUACUCACUCAAGAACUGAUCCUAUCCAAAUGCCAUAUGGAGAUGUGUUAAUACAUGCUGGUGAUUUUACUGAGCUGGGACUUCCUAGUGAAGUAAAAAAAUUCAACGAGUGGCUAGGUAGCCUGCCCUAUGAAUACAAGAUUGUGAUAGCAGGAAAUCAUGAAUUGACCUUUGACCAGGAAUUCAUGGCUGACUUAAUCAAGCAGGACUUUUACUAUUUCCCCUCUGUUUCUAAGCUGAAGCCAGAGAGCUAUGAAAAUGUACAGUCUCUCCUAACAAACUGCAUCUAUCUUCAAGACUCUGAAGUGACGGUGAGGGGGUUCAGAAUAUAUGGCUCCCCUUGGCAACCUUGGUUUUAUGGCUGGGGCUUUAAUCUUCCGCGAGGCCAAGCACUAUUAGAGAAAUGGAACCUUAUUCCAGAUGGAAUAGAUAUUCUUAUAACACAUGGACCACCUCUCGGUUUUCUAGACUGGGUUCCUAAGAAAAUGCAACGGGUAGGAUGUGUUGAGCUGCUGAACACAGUCCAGAGACGAAUACAGCCAAGGCUUCAUGUUUUUGGACAUAUCCAUGAAGGUUAUGGUGUCAUGGCUGACGGAACUACUACCUACGUGAAUGCAUCUGUGUGCACUGUGAAUUACCAGCCACUUAAUCCACCUAUAGUUAUUGACUUACCUACUCCAAGGAACACAUGAUUAUAAUGAGGAUUUAGAGUUGUGCUCAACACAUUAGCAACUUUGUAUUGCUGGCUGAGAAUCCCAAUAGGGAACCGUUCAACAAAAAAGCAAAAACCUUCUUUUUUCCCUGCUAGCUCUUCACGGAUAAAUUUUGAGUGACAAAAGCGGAUGAGGAACAAAGACAUUUUGGUGCCAGAAACAGAUUAAAGACUUUAACAUUUCACCAUUAAAAUAUUUGUGAACACAGAAAAGUGAAUGCAUUCCACAUAUAUAUAUACAUAUACAUAUAUAUAUAUCUCAAGUAGGGAUUUUUGUAUAUACCGUACAUUAUAUCGGACUUAUUAAAAGAGCAAUGUCUUUCAAAGGAGUGUUUCUUUAAGAAAGUUUGCAGUUUAAACUUAAGUGUUUAGACUAGGAUUUCCUCAUUUCAGAUGUUUCCCAGUGAGCUCUUGGUAAAAGAAAAACGAUGGUAAAGAUGUUCUCCCUUAAUUAACAUGGCAAAUAUAAAAGAUGGCGCACGAAUGACCAGUCACAGGAGGAAAGCUAUUACUUCAAGUCCUCCAGGUCUAAGUCUUUGCAUCUAUUAAAAAACCAAUGCAAUAGAGGCCCUAAUUCACUGUACUGAAAUGAAGUUUUACUACAUCUGGCAUUACAGAUGGUAAGGGAAAUGGUGCAUAUUGCCGGCAUGCUGUAAACAGCUCAACAUUCAAGAAGGGAGACUGCGUUAAGUGCAGUAUAAACUCAGGAAUUUGUAACCUGGACUCGCCUGUGAAAAAAAAGGAUGACAUUUCCCUUAAAAAAAAAAAAAAAAGAAGAAAAAAAUAUAACUCUGUUUUCAUGUGGUAAGGCGAUACGCGAUUGUAUGUUAAAAGCAAAAAAAAAAAAACCCACAAAAAUGACGUAGUGGUAUUUGAAAUAAACCACUGUUCAGUAGUGGUAUUUUAAAUAAAACCCACUGGGACUAUUUGUUUAAAACCUGUUAAUGGGACAUGCAGCCAGUGAUGAGAUUACUGGUUUGAAUUUGGCCCCAGUUUGAAGUGAUUAAAUGUCAUUGUGAUCCUUUUGUCCUAUGGAUGUCAAGGGGAAGGGGUCACCUCAAGGAGUUUGGGCAUUCACUUUUGGGUAGUGAUGUGGUAGCGUAAGUGCGAUGAGUGAUGAGUACACGCCAAUGGGCACAGAACAGGGUCACCUCACAAAACCUGUCGUUGCCGUCUGCCCGCGCGUGGACACUGCUGAGAGAGGCCCAAGACAAAGUCAUCAACCGAGCUGAAAUCCAUCUGUCGUCUUGCAUGUGAUGCCAGGCAAAGCAGGGGACGUGUGAGGAGCUGGUUGGGAUGGCCAACACUAGCACUGCCCGUGAGGCUUUCCUGCAGGUUAACAGAGGUGUUGAAGCUGAUGGGAUUUCAGUCCUGUCCUAGGCAGAAGCUUGCAAAUUGAUUACAAACCCACCAACAAAAAAGAAAAAAAAAGUGUUUCAAACAUGCCCUACAAGAAAUGGGUUUCUUCCUUGAACUAGCAGACUUCUACAUGCUCAAAGAGGAGCCUUUUUGCCUUGAUGGAGAUAAUUUAACUGCUGUAUUCUGAACGUGGACAUCCUGAAUUUGGGGCUGAUGGCACUAGACAUUAAUCUUGUUCACACGCGUUGGGCAGCUCAUCGCACUACAAGUACAGGGUUGUUUGCAGGUCUGUGCAUAGCCCACAUCUGCACACGUGCAUCGGAUAAUUAUGGAUGUUACUCUUUGCCUGAUACAUGGAUGUAAAUGUGGGCUUCAGGUAGCAGCUAAAUGUACAUUAUAUGCAUACACAAUUUAAAAUAUCUGUGUCGCAAGGCCAGGUUAUGUCAGCUUCAGCUCUAAGCGAGGUGGGCAGAAGCAUUGCAUGCCGCUGGCUUCCCAUGGGCAGCAGCUCUUCUAGCAGCUGCUGCUGGGAGCAGUGACACUCCAGCCCAGUAACUAACUCGUGCUGUGGACCCACCAGAAACCACCGGAAAACAUGACAAGUCACGGGUUGGUCAUUUCUUGUGAGCUGUCGGGUGACUUGGGGUCUAAACUGAUUUGCUGCUUUUUUUCUGAAACGAAACUCAAAACGAUGGGUGGCCACUGCCACUGGUUUUUGGGUGAAUAGUUCACAAGCGCAUGAGCAGUCUGCCGUGAAUUCAGAUGGGGCCACUUUUGUCAAAACUAUUUAUUGGCGUAGAAAUUGCAGGAUCAGCUCCUAAAUCAGCAAGGACUGAAAUUCAUAGUUGAAUAUGAACUCCCGCCAUCAUUGGGAAGAUGAGCAAUAGCAUGUAGUUAGAAUAAAAGUGUCUUAGCUAGUCACAAUUCAAGCGGUUUGAAACAAAUGUGGCAGGAAAUUGGCUGUAUGUUAAAGAAGUCUGAAAUGUUUACAUUCGCUCGCGGCACUUAAGAGACAAAAAUGUUAAAGUGGGGGGAAGAGGUCCUUUUAUUAGCCUCAACAAAAUUUCUAUGUCGACCAUAAACUAUUCUCUUAAAAAUAAUUUUUCCUAAGGUAUCUUCAAAAUACUGUGUAUUUUUAUGUGGGAAGGAUACGAAAGCAGCUGUUACUUCAAAAUAUGAUUUAAAGUACUUGAGGUAUGAAAGCUUAAAGGUUAUUUAAUCAUUUUGGCAUAACUUGAUUGUUGUUGUAAUUUUUGGUCAAGCAUGUUAGACAAAUAAAGUCUUAAAACGAAACGAA